AAACUUGGACAAUAAUUUGGCUUACGUACUCGUUGCGUUACUUUUAUAUAUUUUUUUGAUUACUGCAAAUUUAAUUUGAUGUCGUUAGAAAGUGUUUGUGCAAGUGUUUGUAUUAGUGAAUGAAAAGAAAAAAGCAAUUUUAUCGUCGGAUCGUUGAAUUCAUUUGAUAUCUUUGCACGCCGAUAAGUUAUCAAUAGUUAUAAACACAGCUAGAUAAUUUUCAAACGCAAUGAAUUUUAGACCGGCAUAACUGAUAGUAUUCUAUCGAUUCCUCGAAAAAAAUUAAAACGUUCUAAAGUUGAUUUUUUUAAUUUGCAAUUCCAUUGCCUAUCAAUAUUUAUCAGAGUUCAAAUCAUUUGAAAAAAAAUUGUCCCAUUCGUCUUUGAUCUUUAUAACUGCACGUCGAUAAGUUACGGAGUAACAUUGAAUAACAGACUGAAACAUGGCUGCAUUUGGCACCCAAGCAGCUUUCAACGUCACUUAACCACAAUGAGUUGGCGUAUGCUUGAAAAUGACCUUAAACUUGUUUAACUCAAUUUCUUGCGAUAUCAGUACUUGUCAGGAUUCGACAACGAGUUCAGCAGCGAGGACGAGAGAUGCCCCGGUGCACUUCCCCUUGAACAGAACAAUCCGCAAAAAUGUCCUUACGGCUUGUACGCGGAACAACUGUCUGGCACUGCCUUCACAGGUACGUACUGAACUCCCAGUAGUAUUUCCAUGUGAAGCUCUAAAAUUCGAACGAAUCUCUUGGACAAAACAAGUGGCCAGAUUGGAAAAUCGAAGAACGUGGUUUUAUCGGAUAAGACCUUCGGUUAACCACGGCGUGUUCGAGCCGGCGAACGAUGUCGCAAUCCACUUAACUCACGACUGGGAUAAAAUUCCCCCCAACCCGAAUCAAUUACGCUGGAAGCCGUUCGAGGUUCCAACUCGGCAGGAGCCGGAAGUGGACUUCGUCGAGGGUUUGCACACCGUUUGCGGCGCUGGCGACGUACGCACGAGAGCCGGCGUCGCAGUGCACGUCUAUCUCUGCAAUGCGUCCAUGAAGGGCAAGGCGAUCUACAAUUCCGACGGAGAUUUUCUCGUCGUGCCGCAACUGGGAGCGCUGCUCGUCACAACGGAGUUUGGAAAGAUGCGCGUCGAGCCGAACGAGAUUUGCGUCGUUCAACGUGGAAUGCGAUUCUCCGUGACCGUGUUCGGCCCAUCCAGAGGAUACAUUCUCGAAGUAUACGAUAAUCAUUUUCAACUGCCGAAUUUGGGACCAAUCGGUGCGAACGGCUUGGCAAGCCCAAGAGAUUUCUUCACGCCAGUCGCGCACUACGAGGACAAGGAGCUUUCGUACAAGAUAAUAAACAAGUAUCAGGGCAAGUUAUUCGUUGCCAAUCAGACUCACAGUCCAUUCGACGUCGUCGCUUGGCACGGCAAUUACGUACCCUACAAAUACAGCCUUGAUCGCUUCAUGGUUAUCAACUCGGUUUCGUUUGAUCACUGCGAUCCAUCCAUUUUCACGGUCUUGACGUGUCCGUCCAGCAAACCAGGCACUGCGAUCGCCGAUUUCGUCAUAUUCCCGCCAAGAUGGUCCGUCCAAGAGCACACUUUCCGUCCGCCCUACUACCACCGAAACUGCAUGAGCGAAUUCAUGGGCCUGAUCAAGGGUCGUUACGAGGCGAAGGAAGACGGCUUUCAGCCGGGCGGCGCUAGUUUGCACUCGAUGAUGACGCCCCAUGGCCCCGACACCGCCUGCUUCGAUGGUGCUUCCAACGCCGAAUUGAAAGCCGAGCGAAUAGCCGAUGGCACGCAGGCUUUUAUGUUCGAGACAUACUAUGCACUGGCUGUCACAGAUUGGGCGGCCAAUGUCUGCGGAAAGCUCGACAAGGAUUAUCAUAAAUGUUGGAAGGGGCUUAAGAAGAACUUUGAUCCUUCCAAGAAGAUUCACGAGGUUUAACGCCGAUCUUCUCUGAAUAACCGUCGAUGCUUUUUACUUGACUAUAUGCAUUCGACGUUCAGAUUGUAUGGAUUUUUCCAAGUAUUGGCUUUUAAUAAACUCAGCGAUUUUAUAUUUUACACGUUUA